AUGCACAAUGCGACGAUUGACGAAGAACUUGCCAACAACCGUUGGUAUGCCUUGAAACAAGAGGAAGUUAAGGUCUUGGUUAAACAACUUUGCGACAAGCUCACGAGCGCGAUGCAAAAGUACUCGUCUAUCGACCAACGCUUCCAGGAUUUGAUCGAUGCAGCAAAAAUCGCAAGAAAACUACCUGACAUCAGGCAUUACAGUGUGGCAGUACUUGGCGAACAAGGCAUCGGCAAGAGCUCCCUCGUCAACGCACUACUCGAUCGAGGCCUUUUGGACCGAUCAGGUUCGUCAAAAGCAUGCACCGCUUAUGCAACGGUACUUGAGUAUAAGCCCGGAGCUACCGACCACACCACUCUGAGCGAUCUUCUAGUUGUGUUCUUCACCAAAGAGGAGAUCCGAGAUUCCAUCAAGGAACAGAUGAAUCACUGGGUCGAGGUCUACCCUGGCGUUGAGGAUAAUCGCCAGCCCCUCCGAGGCGAAGACGAAAACGAUCCUGACGACAACAAUGCUACUCAAACGCCACGUAAAAAGUUAUCCAAGACGAUGUCGCGUGCAAUCACUACUGCCAAAGAAUUCUUCGAGAUCAUCUUCAAUGUGCAGAAAGAUAAGCAGGCAGGUGUCGAGCUCGAGAGGGAACUCUAUCACACGAACAUCAAAGAGGGGAACUUCUUGAACGAUUGUUGCAAACGAGCCAAUGAUCGAUUCGCCCAACUUGCCACAGAGAUGAGCGAGGUGGACCUUGAAACUCGGACCGCACAUUUCAAGGACAUCCCUGACACCAGGCUUGGGAGGAAAACAAGCAAGAUCAAGGAGCUGUGGCCAUUCGUGAAGGAACUCAUCAACGAAGACAACAUGGGCACACAAAUUCGACAGAUCAACGAACACCCAUUCCCGGCUCUUAACACACGAUUAGAGACCAUUGAUAGUCUCUACGAAGAAGGGGAUGCCGAUGAUGACGUCAUUUCCGACAUGCUAGACGAGUUACUGAGAGAGGCCACGAUUGCUUACAUAAAGUAUGAGACAGCAAAUGUGCAGAGACAAAUGCAGCCUAAGGGAAUCAAGGUUUUCUCGGUAUCUGCACUCGCCUACACCUCAUCGAGAAGUCGUAUUCAGAGGGACACUCCAAUUCUUGACGAUACUACGGCCGGUAUCUACGCGUUGAGACACUUCCUCGCUACCUUGUCGGCGACCACCAACUACCAGAAUUUCUACGAACAUGUUCAUGAAAAGCUACCAUCAUUCCGAAGACAAGCUGAACGACCGUUGGAGAAGCACAUAGAAGACAAGAGUUAUGCUAAGAUGCGACGCGACUUGAAGGCUCAGAUCCAACCACUUCGGAACAAUCUGAAGAAUCUCGUUGACAGUCCUCUGCAGUCUCUCGUAGGAAAGCCUUGGUCUCAAAACGAGGAACAGAGUAUCAUUAGUGGCAUACAGCAGCUGGUGCAGAACUCGUGGGUUCAUCCCUUGAUCUACUACCCGGGCUUUGCGAAGAUGCUCGCGGAAAACGGCAAACCAGUCUCCGGCAAAUACAAGGGCUAUAACAUGAACUACGAGCUCCUUGGUACCAUGAAAAGGUUUCUGGACAAUUGGUAUAACAACUUGGACGCCAGCACCGUGGAAUUCGCUAUGAGUUUGGAUAGGGGGCUUCAAAAACUGUUGCUGGACACUCGAUCGGCCAUCACGCAGUCAUCCGCGCAUCCAGCUCUGAAGCUCAGAGCUACUGAAGAGUUGGCCCUAGUAGAACGACGCGUCCAGGCGGCAUAUGACAUGUUGCUCGCUAGUCUUCGCGUCUCGCUUGGAGAAACUCAUCUGCGAUUCACCACAGAGAUCGACAUCUACUGUCCAAUAGCAACUGCAAUGAAGGCCUCCUACGACCUAGCCUCCGAUCGAAACAUGGUUGGCGCUGGCCCAGGAAUCUACAACAGGCAGCGACAAGCGCUACAGAACUCGAUCAUCGGCAACCCAACCUAUGGAAACUACGGCUAUGGUCCACCUGGUGAGGCGUUGCGUCCGCUUCUCAAGAACAUCGAAGAAAAGCUUCAGACCCAGCAGAGAGACGCAUGGAAGACCGAUUGCGAUGCCUUUGUCACCAGCGCUGUUGAGCUUGUUGAGGGAUUUUCAAAUACUGCUGAGCAGCUUCUCAUGAACUCCUCGUAUGUGACCGAAGAGCACAAGCAUGCUCGUGGCGAGCUGAGGAAGCUGCUCAAUGACUUCGACAUCAGCCUGGAAAAUGUUCAGAGUCGAUUUGUCGGCGGAGAAGAGGAGCAUACUGAGAAGAAGAUCAAGCGCGAGGAGACGGAAGAUGAGGUACCGAUCGCACCAUCUACUCUCGAUCCGCUGGUCCCUUCCGUACCGAUCUCGCAGAAUGAAGGUUGGACUCAGUUCCGCGAGUGGUUUGGUGGCGGUCGCCCUGGACAGUGA